AUGGCCACACACGUGUGUGACAAAUGUGUCACCAUGCAAGAGGAAAACAGACUUCUUCGUAAUAAACUUGUGGACGAGAAUCAUAAGUUGAUCAAGGAGAAGAAAAUUACCGCUGAAUUACGUUCAAGUAAGCUCCUUGGGCUUGAAUUAAUAUUUUAAUACAAGAGACAUGGUCCCCACCACAUCAGAUCUUAUAUAUUAUAUAAUUUGUAUGCUGUAAUGAAUGUUUAUAAUGUCUGUUAUUGCUAACCUCAGUAUAGACUGCAUUUAUUAACUGUGAUAAUACAGUGUGUAUGCUAUAGACUGUAUUUAUUAACUGUGAUAAUACAGUGUGUAUGCUACUGUAGUUAUUGGUCACUAUAUGCCAUGCUGUAUGUAUUUUAUUAGAGAUUGAAUUCAUUGAAAUAGUAGAAAAGUCUGCAGGAGAAAACCCACAAAGCACCAGCGAGGAAUUUGAAACUGUUGAGAACUCAGAAAGUACAGAUGAUGAACCAUCUCAGGGAAGUUCUCAGGAAUAUGAAAUGGAAACAGAACUUGCAGAAGAGGAAUCUGAUCAAUCAUCCAAUAUCGAGACCAGGUAAAUAAGAUUAUAAAUUAUUACUAUUUGCUUUGGCAUUUAUCUUCUAUUAUAGCCCUUAGAUGACUUUGUUGCUGUGAUAUUUUCACUGGUGAACUAUCAAGCCUAAAAAUAUUUUUUGAAGGGUGCCAUGGAGAGUGGUGCUGUGGACUGACACCUCUGGACUGACACUUUUCACUAAUGCUGGACAUCACAAAUGUCAUAGUUAUACUAUAAUAAUAUAAGAAGCCAUGUUAAGAAAAUGAUCCACAUGUGUCCUGGUGGGACACAAAAAUAAUCCACAUGUGUCCUGGCCGGAUGUUGCAAAGCAAUGUCUGUCAGUCUUUGUGGUUACUUGAUCAGUGAAUCGGCCUCAACAGCCUUUGAUCAGGCUUGUAAACUAUACUGUUAUUGCCAUUCAAUUAACUUGUUUUACAUCCUGUCUUUUAGCACUAAUAAACCUAAUGGCAACCUUCAGACAGAGCCCAAAUAUGUAGUGUUCCUUUCCAAACUGUUACUGCUUUUUAAUAUUUGUCCAUCGUGCAAAGCUGAUAACCCACUGGUCGAAACUACUGAAUGUGGCACAAUGGUUACAGUACACACACAAUGUGGUAAUAAUGGAAGGAACCAAAAUAACUGCAGGAAACUUUCUCUUAAGUUUUGCAAUCUUGUUGGCUGGAGCCUCUGCAAGCAAAGUGCUGAGAGUCCUUUCUCAUAUGGGAUUGUCAUGCAUUUCACUGAGAACCUUCUACAAUCAUCAGAGGGUGAGAUUAACAUUCAUUGCUUUUUAAUGACUCAGUGCCUAACAUAACAGAACACUUGUGAUAGUUAAUCAUGAGUGGCCAUGUGCAGGCUGGUGUCAUCAAUCUUGUUUGUGUAUUAUUAAUUAACAAAUUUAUUCAUAAUAUUGUUUUACUUACUUGUCAAAUUUACAGUUGAUCUUGCCUUGUGUUAAUUUUUUUUAGUAGUUCUCCUUAUUAAACACAAGGCCUGUUCAACAGAAUGGCUUGAAAUUUGAUUGGAUAAAGUAAAUGAUAAAAGUCCAAUAAUAUUAUGGAUUGAUUUGAAUUUGGUUGAGGCUUUAUUUAUGAGACUAUUUCUCCAUAUAUACACUGUCAUGUUACUGGUAACUCAUUGCAUUGGUCAGCUGCGAUUUAAUUUUAAUUUAAUGUAUAUAAAAAUAAUUGAUGUUUUCCCCUUUGCAAUGUGCCCAUAUGCGCCCUACUUUAUUAUUUUACUCUGUCUAACACCAAAUAAUCUUAAUCAUUGGAGGGAGAGUGCUGCCACUCAAUGGAAUACUCAGACUGCCCAUGCACCCUGUUAACUGUUUACUGCCAUAAGAUUUUACUUGGCAGGGGGAUAGUGAUACCACUUGAUGGGUUAAUUCUUAUUCAUCUUUAUUAUUUUUAUGUGAAGGAUAAACUGUUUCCAGCUAUUCUGAAACAUUGGAAAAAAUACCAAAAAGCAUUGAUGGACCAACUAAAAAGCAACGAAGAACCUCUGGUAUUAGGAGAUGGAAGGCAUGAUAGCAUGGGGCAUAGUGCUAAGUAUUGUGCCUACACAAUAGGGAGCUUUAGAUUUGACUACGAGUACGACUACGAGUACGAGAUUCAUCAAGCUAAACGCAUGCUGUAUGCUUACGCCAUCCCGUACUGACGCUAAAAAGUAGUAGCCGUCGCCCAUCUGAGUACGAAAUUGUGGAGAAACCUCGUAGUCCUCACGACGACUUUUCAAAAAAAACAAAGAAAGUUGACUUAUUUUUGUUUUCCAAAAAUAAUUUGUAGCAUUUAUAUAGCGUUUAUCUGGCGCAAAUAAUAUAUAUUAGUGCUAAAUAUCUGGCCUGUUUUUAAUGUUAUGACUUAUUUACACGUUUUGUAGGGGAUUUUAGUCGGCAGGAGAUUUAGUUUAUGAAACUUUUUCUCUAGUUAUUGGUUCACUGUUAUAAAAGCAACAUUUGAAUGGAAACGAAAACGACUACGGUAAUUUCCUCGCACGCGAUCAAAUCUCGUACUCGUAGUCGUACUCGUAGUCAAAUCUAAAGCUCCCUAAUAUUUUGUUGCACAGAACCUGCUAUAAUUGAUUUCUCACUUGUCCAGGUAUAAAAACAAAAAAUGUUGUCCCCAAUUAGAUUAAAAAUAUAAAACAAAAUUCCUAACAGGAGUGUAAUUGCAUGCAAUGAGUCAAACAAUUUUAUUAUUACUUCUUAUUGUUAACAGAGGAAUGAAGCUGGUAGCAGUCAAGCAAUGGAGUACUUGGCAUUUCAGAAAUGCCUGGAUUUUCUGGCAGAGUCUGACUUCUCAUUUGAGGCUCUUGUCACUGACUGCCAUGGAUCAAUUGCCAAGCACAUGAAGGAAAAAGAACAGAAAAUAAAGCACUUUUUGAUUUAUGGCACCUGA